CCUUGUCGUGGUGGGGGUGCUUAUCGUGGGAUCCUCCAGCAAUCCAGUUGCAGGAUCUCACCACAAACAUAACUCAAAAAUAACCUCAAUGUUAGAAAACUUGAAAAACAAAAACAUGGAAAAAGCUAACGAAGAUAUAAAAAAUCGAACGGGGAUAUACGUUCAAGUGUCGGCAGGUGUCGCGACUGCCGGCGAGGGCUUGGCCUCGAAAGAGGCUAAGUCGCCAGUGACAAAAGUUAGCUCGGCGGAAAUAAAGAAAAACGCUGACAAAAAGAAAAGUAAAGGUGAGUCGACCUCAGCCUCCAGAAAGACUGCAAAGUGCAAAACUGGAAGCCGGCGAACAACCACCAAUACAAACCCUGCUACCUUGGUAGCUCCCACUAGUGGAAGUACGGCUGUCUCUUACAGUACUACUGACACCCCAAGCACUAAUGUAGAUAAUUCUACGGGCCCUGAAGGGGAUGCUAUGACUGAAAAACGGACCGUCUCUUACGAAUCCACCCUCAGUCAAAGCAAACCCCUUCAGAACACGUUGGUUACUCCACUCCCUGACGGAAGUAAGGCUGUCUCUUACAGUCAUGCUUCCGCCGAGGAACACAGUAACAGAAUUGCUACUCCAAACUCAGGAAUAGUUAACUCUGUGGGUCCGGAAGGGGAUGUCUUGACCAGUAAAACGUCUGUCUCUUACAGUCUCACCUCUAGUCAAGACAGACCUCUUCCUGACCCUAAAAGUGCUCAAAUCCCCAGCGGCAGUGUAGCUGUCUCUCAUAGUUCCACCUCCGCUGGAGAGGAAAGCAAAAGAGCGUCCCGUAAUGACAUAAGGAACGCAAAGGGGAUCUAUAGAGCACUAAGGUUGAUACCAAUAGCCGAACGGUCCCCAGAGCAAUCCAGCAAGUUAGAAUGGGCAAAAGCUAUUCUCAGCAAAAGAUUGACCAGCAGCGACUUAACGUCAAAGCGACAAAGGUCUGUUGAGGAUUCCGUCUCGGAAUCUAAAAGACAAAAAGUGCAUAAUUCCAGCACUCACACUAGGAAAGACCUGUCCUUUAGUGACGUUCUUAAGGACAAGUCUAUCCUUGCAGUUAUCGAUAGAAGUAAUGUCGAUGGCAUGAUCUCUUUUGACCGUUGGACGAUGGUCUCAAACAAACUGCAGAUCUCCUACUGGACUCUCAUGAUGGAGAACCCGGGUGAGCCUGCAGUUGUUGAGGACGCGGGAUGGCACCAAGGCCGCGUCAAGCUCGUCGCAUUCGGUGACAAGAGAUCAUGCGAUCUAUAUAAGCUUGCUAUCAGCAGACUAGAGGGGCUAUGGCCUGAUGCCAAGCUAGAGGUUGUGGCAAAGGAAGACAUUCCUUGCAGACCUAGAGCUCGCAUCAGUAUCCCAGCUGAGCUAGCCUGCAAAGAUACUGUGCUCAAAAUGAUCCAGUUUGGAAAUCCAUCCCUACCCACUCACGACUGGAAAGUCGCAAAGCUGGAAGAGCCAACGGGCCCUUAUAGAUCGGCAAUAAUUGUCAUCAAUAAGGAGUCGUUGACUCCCCUAGCUGCGAACCAAAGUCAGAUAAGGUUUGGAUGGACUUCUACAACCUUAAAGAUCUAUAAAAAAGAUGAGGAGAGUGCAAAAGCUGCACCUCCAUCACUUCCGGCACCUGAGGUUCCCUCCUUAGAAGAAGACAUUGCCUUAAAUAUCAAUCCUCCAUCUCCAUCAAUGGAGGUUGAUACGCCGGUAAUCUCCCCAACUGAGGAGGUCCCCUCGGGCUCUAAAACGCCAGCCAUAAUGGCUCCAAUACCAGAUAACUCCGAUGUUGAGAUGGAAACAGAGGAAUAUCUCAACAAGAUUCUACUCAGUGAAGAUGAACUCCUACGUUCAUCUUCUGAGUCAGAAUCCGAAGACCUCGACCUUACGGUGGUGGGGGCUGAUCUGACUAACAGUAGCAUUCAUGCUCCAGUUAGUUCAGAUUAACCUUCACCACUCCAAGCAGGCUUCGGCCUCCCUUCUUCUCCGAAUCCACAAGAAUGGGGAAGACGUGGUGCUGGUCCAGGAACCAUGGAUCUGCAAGUCCAUGGUUCAGGGACUCAGGACUCCUGGGUACAACUUGCUAUAUGCAUCGGACAAAGCGAUCGAGAUGUAACCGCGGUCAGACUGCAAACUGACCAAGGAACACUCUGGAUUGCGUCGGCAUAUCUCGGCCAUGACCAACUCGGCCCUCUCCCUGGCGAAAAACUACGGAGACUUGUAGCCGAUGCUGAAAGGCAAAAGAUCUGCCUCAUAAUUGGUUGCGAUGCAAACGCCCAUCACACGGUCUGGGGAAGUACCGACAUAAAUGAUAGAGGUGAGUCACUUUUUGAUUUUAUUUUGAGUACUAACCUGAUAGUAAGUAAUACUGGCAAUGAACCAACAUUCGUUACCAGAAACUGACAAGAAGUACUAGACAUUACUCUUGUCUCCGAUUCGAUUCAUCAAAGGAUCUUAAAUUGGAAAGUAUCUGAAGAACACUCGUUCUCUGAUCAUAGAUACAUCCAAUUUAGUCUUAACGAUGUGACUACUAAACAGUUAGCAUUCCGAAACUAUCGCAAAACUAACUGGCAAAAAUACAGGGAAACUCUGACAAGCUUACUUAAACCUGAACUUCUAAGUUAUCCCUCAAAUACAAUCGAUCUCGACAACAAAGUCAAUGAUCUCACUUCUGC